AAACCAAAAGCCCUUUCACCCAGAGCCGGAAGUUGGAGAAUGCGGAGCCGAGGUGCCCGAGCGGCGCCUAAGCUUCCUUCUAGAGUAAGUUUGCAGAGCUCGCCACCCCUCCAAUCCCCACCUCCGCCCCCGCUCACUCGUCCUCUUGGUGUGGGAAUUGCCAGCGACCUGAAAGCCCUGGUACCCAGUACGCGGCCCCGAAUAAACGCUGCCGCUACCGUUGCGGACCAGUCAUUUUUUCGUUUGGGUUUUAAGUGUUACUGAGGCGGUUUCGGCCCUCGGUCCGCGUAGACACCGCCUCUGGCGACAUUUUCCUGCUUAAAACCCUUUUUUAACCUCUGGCCUCGCCAAAUAAAGCCCUCUCUCGCGAGUUGGAGUCGCGCCCGCCGCGUCGUCUUCUCGACCGCUGGAGGCAGAGCCCAGAUAGUCCGCGCGCCCUCUCCCAGGUCCCGGGAUUCCGCUUUUUUUCAGAUUCAUUCCUUGCCUGAGUGCUUUCUUCCCCUCAUCUCAUACAUUUGAAAUUUUCUUUGAAUCCAGCUCCAGCAGCCAGGGAAUCAGCCUGAAGAGAUGAGUGGUGUCGGCAGAGAAUGAUGCAGCCUCUGACUCAAGACCUCUGAAGACUCGUGUUGCCUGAGGAAGCCCUGAAGUUAAGGAAGAGGAAAGAAAAGGAGUGAGGCAUGGCUUUUUCUCAGGAACGACUGACCUGUGAGGAUGUGGCCAUUGAAUUCACUCAAGAGGAGUGGGUAUUCCUGGGCCCUGCUCAGAGGGCCUUGUACAGGGACGUGAUGCUGGAGACCUACAGAAACCUGCUAUAUGUGGAUAUCUCUCCUACACAUGUGAUCAAGCAUUUACAACUGGAAGCAAAGAGUAAUAAACUAGAAACAUUCCAAACAUUGAUGCUGGGAAGACCUGAAAGCUGUGAAAUCAAACAUUUUCAUCUUUGGGAAAGUGAGGAAAAUAUGUGUGACUUUGAGUGUCAGGGGAGAGACGACAAAAGAAAUUACAAAGGGACACCUGUAAGCCUUAAUGGAAAUGUGCCUGAUGGAAGAGAUUCGCAUGAUAUAAAGGAUGCAGGAAUCAAGCCCUUUGGAAACAGGUUUGGAUUUAACUUUCAGGAAAAAGUUCAGAUAUUUCAAACUGGCAGGAUAAUUUCUGAAUAUUAUGAAGUUGAAAGGUCUGUCAACAACAGUUUCUCAUUUUCUCCACUUCAAAGAAUUCCUCCUUGUGUCCAAACCAGUGUUUCUAAUAUAUAUGGGAAUGCUUAUAUGAAUCCUUCAGUAAUAACGCAAGAACUCAAAGCACACAAGACAAAAACUUACAAAUGUGAUGAGUGUGCCAAGGCCUUUCGUGGAAAGUCAAUCCUUUUAAGUCAUCAGACAGUUCAUCCUGGAGAGAAACCUUACAAAUGUGAUGAGUGUGGCAAGGCCUUUACUCACAGCUCACAACUCAGGAGACAUAAGAAAAUUCAUACAGGAAAGAAAUUAUUUAAAUGUGAUAUAUGUGAGAAAGUCUUCAAGCGAAAUGCAAAGUUUGCUGGUCAUCAGAGGGUUCAUACUGGAGAGAAACCUUACAAAUGUGAUGAGUGUGGCAAGGCCUUUUGUGUAAAGUCAACCCUUUUAAGUCAUCAGACAGUUCAUACUGGAGAGAAACCUUACAAAUGUGAUGAGUGUGGCAAGGCCUUUUGUGUAAAGUCAACCCUUUUAAGUCAUCAGAGAGUUAAUACUGGAGAGAAACCUUACAUAUGUAAUGAGUGUGGCAAGGCCUUUACUCACAGCUCAGUCCUCAGGAGACAUAAGAAAAUUCAUACAGGAAAGAAAUUAUUUAAAUGUGAUAUAUAUGUGAUAAAGCCUUUGGUGGAAAUUCAAACUUUGCUGGUCAUCAGAUAGUUCAUACUGGAGAGAAACCUUACAAAUGUGAUGAGUGUGGCAAGGCCUUUCGUGUCAAGUCAACCCUUUUAAGUCAUCAGACAGUUCAUAAUGGAGAGAAAUCUUACAAAUGUGAUGAGUGUGGCAAGGCCUUUUCUGUAAA